AUGGCACCCAGGUACACACCGAAAGUGACUGGUUUUGUCGAAAGCGCGAGCUGGUCGUUGAAUGGAGGAAGCAACACGCACCACCUGCUGGUCAGCGGGCGAGGAGAGGCUGCGGUGCUGGAGGCCCCAGCAAGGAAGUCGCGGUAUCAGACGGCCGCUGGCGUGCGUACUCCGACCGUCCGACACGUCGCUGCGGUGCGACACCUCCGCUGUACCCAGGAGGCGGGCCCUGGCAGUCGUUGGAACGCCUCUUCUGGAGCGUCCCGGCCAGCGGACGAUCGUUUCGCUGUGCGUGACUCGAAUGUGGUCGAGAUACCGGGACGCACGCUAUCCGUGUCGGAGCUGAAAAGCGAGCUCUUGCGAUCCGUGGCUGAACAGAACCGGGGUCUUGCGUCCACCAGCUCCAGUCGAAAAGAGACACUUGAGCUGGUACGCGCUCUGGAACGUGAGCAAGCGCAAGGAAGCAGUCCGUCGACGACGAUUGCGGCACCAUGUAACCUCGGCUGGGCGGAGCAAGCGUCCAAAGUAUCCGGUGACUGGAAGCUGUUGUUUACAACCGCCCUUGAUGUGCUUCUAUUGGGAUGGAGUGUCUUACCAUUCACUCCGCAGGUCGGAUCGAUCUAUCAGAAUAUUCGUGUCGCGCUAUCCGCGGAUGCGAUGGAAUUCACGCUCGAGAACGUGGUGCAGUUCGCUGCACCAGCUAGUUUCCUGCUAGCCCAGUUUGGUAUAGAGGAUUCCGACGCUACGCUACGGGUAUUUGCACGCGGACAAUGCGACCGCAGCCGCCCACAGCGACUGUAUCUGCGUUUUGAGCGUGCGCGGCUGGAGCCGAAUCGCUUUCUGGGACGCCGCAUAGACGAGACGCUACCACCGCUGCAGUUGCCGCUUCGAGGAACUGCCGUUGGGUGGACAGAACUGACAUUCCUGGAUGAAGAUCUGCGAAUCAUUCGAACUGCAGUGAAUGAUGUGUUUGUGCUGUGGCGCGUCUGA